ACUGUAGUUUGGAGUCGCCAAGACUCAGAACUGAGUGUAGCAGCGCAAGUACAUCGCUCUAAAAACAGUUUUUAAAAUUUCCAUUCCAUUAUUUCAUGACUUGUACAUUUGUGUAAAUAGAUAACUUCUAUUUUUUUAUAACGAGACAACAGCAAGAUGGAACUUAAUUCUCUUUUAAUUCUGCUGGAGGCUGCAGAGUACUUGGAGAGAAGAGACAGAGAGGCAGAACACGGUUAUGCGUCUGUUUUACCGUACAGUAGCGACUUUUCCAGAAAGAAAACGAAAGCCUCGCCAAUUUCCAGAAAAACUCAGAACAAUAGAUCAUCGCACAAUGAGCUGGAGAAACACAGACGUGCCAAACUACGGCUGUACUUGGAGCAGUUGAAGAAGCUGGUGCCUUUGGGUCCAGACAGCACGAGACACACCACACUGAGUUUGCUGAAAAGGGCCAAGAUGCACAUCAAGAAGCUGGAGGAGCAGGACAGGAAGGCUUUAAAUACGAAGGAGCAGCUGCAGAGAGAGCACCGCUACCUCAAACGCCGCCUGGAGCAGCUCUCCGUGUCAGGAUCCGUUGAGCGUAUCCGUACUGACAGCAUGGGCUCCACCAUCUCCACCGAUUCUGAGCAAGAGGUGGACAUCGAGGGCAUGGAGUUCACUCCUGGUGAGGCAGACAGCGUGGACAGCAUCAGCGAUGGCGAGGAGGAGGACCACUACAGCCUCCAGAGUAGCUCCAGUGACACCAGCUACACACAUUCCCACAGACUGCAGCCGCACCACUGUUAAGACACCGCGCGGCCAUCCAUCUCCCAACCAGCUUCCUCGCCCAUGCUUCCCUCCCAUCACCGAUACCCUCCCCGACCAAUCGCAAGCGCCGCCCACUACCUACAUCAGACCGGUCCACAGUGGCGGUGACCCUGUUUCUCCUCUCCUGGCCCCAGCUCUCCAGGAAGCACAUGGGGCUGCAAUGCCACUCAAGCCUUCCUGACCCCUCCCCCCGAUCACUGACCCUACCUCACCCUACUGUAUCCUGCCUGAACCUGCCCCUCCUCACAUGCCCUGCCCUCCCACUGCCCUCACUACCCCCGUACCUAGUGUUACCGCAGGCUCAUAGAGAGCAGAGCAGAGUUUGUGGUUGUAAUGGGGACUUCUGUGGUGUGGUGGACAGCUUUGACUUGUUAAUCAGGAUUUUAAAAGUGCGCGUGUUUGUAAGAGAGAAAGAACAGUUGAAGAGAAGUCAAAAACAAAAUAAGCUUCAUGCCAACUUUUGAAGGCAAUAAGACACAGGCGAAGAAGUGUGUGAUGUAAAAGGUAAAGCACGUCUGUUUGUUCUGCAAUAUUUGCAACAUUGAGAGUUUUUACAUCAUACAGACUGUAAAUCUUGAAUGCAAAGGGAAGACAUUCGUUUCCUUUGCACAAUGAGAUUUACAGGAGAAGCUAUUGCAGAUGUCCUGCACGUUCCUCGAAGUUUGCUUAAACCCUUUGAAACCAGGAGCAACUUCACUUUUUUGUGCUGCUUGUGGAUGUCUUUCACAAGUAUUUAAACCUUU